CAAAGCAAAAGGCAUUAAGAAUCAGCACCUACACAGCUUCCCGGCAGCAGUAUUGGGUCUUCACCAUCGAGAUCCGGGAGUCAUCUUAACGCCUCUGUGUAAUCAAGAUGAAUCUUUCUAAGAAGCUGACUUUGGACAAAGUUGAUGUUAAAGGAAAGCGGGUCAUCAUGAGAGUAGACUACAAUGUGCCCAUGAAGAACAAACAGAUUACAAGCAACCAGAGAAUCAAGGCUUCCAUCCCCAGCAUCAAAUACUGCCUGGAUAACGGAGCCAAGGCAGUAAUCCUUAUGAGUCACCUGGGCCGGCCUGAUGGCAUCCCAAUGCCUGAAAAAUAUUCUUUAGAACCAGUUGCUAAUGAGCUCAAAUCCUUGCUGGGCAAGGAUGUUAUGUUCCUGAAGGACUGUGUAGGCUCUGAAGUGGAGAAAGCCUGCGCCAACCCAGCUCCCGGGUCAGUCAUCCUCCUGGAGAACCUGCGCUUUCACGUGGAGGAAGAAGGGAAGGGCCAAGAUGCCUCUGGGAAGAAGCUGAAAGCUGAAGCGCAUGAAAUAGAAGCCUUUCGAGCAUCGCUCUCCAAGCUGGGUGAUGUUUAUGUCAACGAUGCUUUUGGCACUGCGCAUCGGGCUCACAGUUCCAUGGUGGGAGUAAACCUACCCCAAAAGGCGUCUGGGUUUCUGAUGAAGAAAGAGCUAGAGUAUUUUGCUAAAGCCUUGGAAAAUCCAGAGAGACCUUUUCUGGCUAUACUUGGUGGAGCUAAAGUGGCAGAUAAGAUACAACUCAUCAAAAACAUGCUAGACAAGGUCAACGAAAUGAUUAUUGGUGGCGGAAUGGCUUUCACCUUCCUGAAGGUACUCCACAACAUGGAAAUUGGCGCUUCUUUGUUUGAUGAAGAGGGAUCCAAGAUUGUCAAUGAUAUCAUGGCCAAAGCAGACAAAAAUGGUGUAAAGAUUACAUUUCCCGUCGACUUUGUCACUGCUGACAAGUUUGAUGAGAAAGCUAAUGUGGGAAAAGCUACUGUGCAAUCUGGUAUACCUUCUGGUUGGAUGGCUUUGGACUGUGGUCCAGAGAGCAAUAAGAAAUUUGCACAAAUUGUAGCACAAGCAAAGUUAAUUGUUUGGAAUGGACCAGUAGGGGUAUUUGAGUGGGACUCCUUUGCUAAUGGAACCAAAGCUCUCAUGGAUGAAAUUGUCAAAGCCACUUCCAAGGGCUGCAUUACUGUUAUAGGAGGUGGAGAUACGGCUACUUGCUGUGCCAAAUGGAACACUGAAGAUAAAGUCAGCCAUGUGAGUACUGGAGGUGGUGCCAGUCUGGAGCUUCUGGAAGGUAAAAUCCUUCCUGGAGUGGAGGCCCUCACCAACUUAUAGUUAACACAAUAUCCCUACCUCUUGUUUCCUGUCUUUAGCCUGGACAUUAACUUACUGCCUUUACAGCUCAACUUUUGUUAAGAUCUAUCCAUGUGGUUGGCCAUCAGGAAUUCUUUACGUCACACAACGAUGCAUUUUGCUUCUGUUAUACACUCCUCUACUCUCUUCAAAAUCUCAUGGAACUUCACCAUUGUGCUCUGUAGGGAGGAUGUAUUCUUAAGUUGCCUAUUAAAAACAGUUA